UACCAACAUGGAAUAGGAGCAGCCCUUUACGGAUUAUGAACAGGAAGAGGCAAUAGCUUGCUAUUAUCGCACGCGUCGUCCCUGAGUCAGCGCAGGCUGGUUAUUAAUGCAGUACCCGACCAUGUUUACUGAUCAGGGGUCAACGAAUGACAACAGGACUCGCCCACAGAAGGAUGCCGCCCGCCCCCUUUUCCCCUCCCUUCCGCUUCCGCGGUGGCUGCCAACACGUCUUCGGAGAGGUCUCUUGGGCUGGUGCUCAUUGUCAUGCGCACUGCCAGUCGGGCCCUUGAUCCAUCCCGAGCAAGUAUUUAAGGGCUCCAGGGGUUUUGUCUUCCCCCUUCUCUCUUUUUUCUCCCUUUUCUCCCUCCAGCACCGUCUUUGCGUUCGUUUUUCAAGGACUUUUCGCAUUCUCAUCUCCUUCGAGCUAACCCCUUAGUCCCAUUUUCUUCACUGCCCCCUCCCCAUCUGACAUUCUCCGCCAAAAUGUCUGACAACACCGUUUACCUCAUCACGGGCGCGAAUAGGGGUAAGCCGCAGCCUUCUCAUCCAUGCUCCCUCGCGUCUUGUACUUGAAAAAGCGC